CGAACGAGCGAUCUCUGCGGAUUUCUCAGCGAUGGCACACGCAGCAAAUAUGCAACUAGUGCUUUCGCCCGACCCGUACGACAGCACUCGAUUUGACGUCGAGUAUCAAGCUGACCCUUUCGACAGUCCCAAGGCUUGUGAAGGUCUUGAAAUUCCUGUUCGAACGGCUCUCGGCAAGCUUUGGCAUGACGAAAAACAUGCAGCCGAUAUGAAACAGAUAAUGGUCGCCGUAAUCUCCUUUUGCAUCUUCGUCGCUGCGAUGUUUCUGCACAUUCCGACUACAAACAUGUACUACCAGAACAAUGCUAUGUCUCCAGAAUCCGGACGGUCGGCCAUCGCAGAAGGAGUUCCAGUCAAAUUUAUGGAUAUCGCAACCGUGUCCGAUACUUUCGACUGGUUAAACGACUCAUUUAUUCCGCAAGUUUUCGUCACGAAAGACUACAAUGGGAAAACACUUCCAAAAGAUGAAUGGGGUCGUAUUGGAUCACUUAACCAGGUUUUAGGUGGAGUCAGCUUCGAAGUGACGCACAUGGAGCCGGACGCUUGCAGCGUACCAGACUUUCUUGAAAAGUUAUACCCGAGUUGCUACGAUGAAUCUACGACGAGAACCGAAAAAUUACUCGUAACCUUCGAUACCAACGCAACGGAAGCAAGGUCGACGUUAGCGAAGAAGAGAACAAAUGGAGAUUGGCUCAAGUUGGCAACACAGCAAUUGUUGAUCACGAUCAUUACGGUCAAUGGUGAGCUGCCAGCAUACGCGAUCACGAAGCUCCAGUUCGAAUUCAACCCUGGCGGAUAUGUUGAACCUAGCUCUUCAACAACGUCAACAUUACUUGAUCAGUUCCCGAACGCUACCACAAUUGCACUCGACAUUCUUGUACUUCUGUGGUUCUUCCCAUGGAUGUUGGUAUCAGCAUUGCUUUCGGUAGUGGUGCGUCACAGAAAUAUGAACCGCGAGUCGUCGAGUCGGCAUCUUAAUGAACUGGUAAGGCACGCAGGCAUGGCGAUUAGCUUUUGGGCAUUUCCAGACGGAUGGUUCGCUAUCGACGCGCUGAGGGGACCUAUUGUGUAUGCCUACUAUGUCACUGUAGUCAUCGCUCAGACUUCCAUGACGAAUUCAGCUUUCCGUACUAAACUUUCAGCACUACGAAAUGCUGGCCAAAGCCAAGAUGAUAUCAAGGCGACACUAUCGUCGGUCACCGAGUCAUUUGAGCACAUUGCGAAUCUGACAGUUCUAAUUCGUCUCUUAGCUACGGCUGCAGUAUUCGUGCUGGGACUUCGCGUUUUAAACACUUUCCGGGAUCACGUUGGCUUGAGCAUUCUCACACGCACGAUUGCUAGUGCAGUGCGAUCUUUUAGAACCUUUUCCGUCAUUUUUGUGGUGAUUUUCGUUGCGUUUGCUUCAACUGGAACUGUAUUAUUUGGGAACAGCGUUGAGCAAUUCUCGUCGUUGCUAAAUUCAACCAAGACCUGCGUUAACAUGCUUUUCAACAACUUCGAUGUCAAGACUAUCGACCAGAUUGACUAUUCUGUCACGUUCUACUGGAGCUACAUGUCGUUGAUGACUUUUGUGCUGUUGAACAUCGUGUUGGCGAUUGUGGUUGACGCGUACAAGGAAGAAAAGGACAAGAAGGAUAAAAGCAAGUGCUGGGUGUUUCAUCGAGUGCUCGACCACGUGAUUCGACACUGGUUGGCUCCAGUACGCCACGUUUUGGCCUUCUUCUUGUGCUGUAAACCAAGUCGACGAUAUUCUGUGGUCUUUUGGGGAAGAAUUCGGGCACGUGUAUUGCAAGAAGCACUGACCGAUAGACUCGGUGCCAUGCCGUUGGAUUGGUCACCACAGACGAAGCUUACACCGAUUGUCAUCAAGAUGCUGUUUCCUGACGCAACAAUUAAAGAGUGCGAGGCCACCAUCGCACACCUCAUGGCACGCGUCAAAGGGGACUGCUGUCCUAGCUCGGAAGAAACACAAUGGUCUGAAAGGCCAAGUCUACGCAAGACAUCGAUAGCUAGCAGCUCACCAAAGUCACAAGCAGAGGAGAAGUGUGGUUGCUGUAUUGACAUCAACACGGAGAAUUCGGACUUCAAGCAAGUCUCCGUACGUCUUGACUUGCUUGAACAAAAGUUAGAUUAUCUUAUCGAGAAACUCACACAUAAGGCGUUUUAAAUUUGAAAACGCCAAUUGUAGCAGUGUGGGAGAUUUAUCAUUCGCAUGAAAUCUCUAGUUUAAAUGUGUUGCCUCUCUUUUCAUCGACGAUGAAUGCAGCGUUGUAGUCCGAUUUAAAUCCAAGUCAAAAUCAUUAAGCAAACUUGUGCUUGGUACCGCAAACACUACUCUUGACGAAACACGAUGACACAUUCCA